AGGGCCCCAGGAGAGCCCCAAGACGGCCACGCGAAGGUCCGUUGCCAUUUUGGCUCAAGAAAUUCACAUUGACACAUCCGUCAUGGGUAGUAAGACGGACGGAGGGCAGAAAGAUAAGAAAGACAAGAAGGAGAAGAAGGGCAAAAAGGACAAGAAAGACAAAAAGCAUAAGCAUAAUAAGAGCGAGCUGGUGAACGAGAACGAGGUGGGCAGGGACAAGGCCGAUCUCCCUGCCCCCGUCGCCGCAGAAGCCGCGAGGGCGGACGAUCUCGAUUUUGACCUCUUCAACCUGGACCUCCAGGCUCCCGAGCAGCCUGCGGAGGAGCCCGCCGGUGGUGCUUCGACGACCCUUGGCGCAGGCGCGGAAGGCGCGCUGCUCGAGCACGCCGCCGCGGCGCCCGACGGGCAGGAGGCGGCGCUAGAGGCGAGCGCGGACGGCGCGGGCUUCUGGGAUGCCCUCGGCCUCGGCGGCGAGGAAGCGCCCGUGGAGGAGCCCGCGGAGCCGGCAUCCAAGUUGAUGCCUGGUGAGGAGGCGGGGGUGCUCCAGAUACCGGCCGAGGCGGCGGAGGAGCUGCUGCGGAAGCUGGAACGGAUCGCGGCGGCCACGGGCGCGUCGUUGUCCGCGCGGAACGGCCUGCUGCGCAUCACCGGCGCCUCCAGCGCCCGCGGGCACGCGGAGCGGCUGGCCGCCGCAGUGGUCGACGGUCGGGUCAGGGAGUCGGAGCACGAGGACAUGCAGGUCAUGUUGGCGCCGCAGACCUGGCUGGACCAGUGGCGUGGCCAAGAGGGGGCCGUGGAGGAGGAGUUCGACGUGCUCGUGGUGUUCGAGAGGACAAUGGCGAGAGCGCUGACGCUCACCAGGGCCAAGAAGGGCCUGCUCGUCGAGGCCAAGUGGAGCAACGGCUGCUGGUACACAGCCACUGUGGCCGGACCGGGCACGAAGGCCGCACGCGCGGAGGACUCCACGCUGUUCAUCAACUGGAGCGCAGACGCAGCCCAAGACGAGGUUCCCCUGCAGAACGUCCGGCAGACGCUGCGAGUGGCCGUCUUCGGCGCGCACGCGGCGAGGUUGCGGGCCAUGGUCAGGAUGGCCAAGCUCGCCGAAGAGCAUUCCAAGGGAGUGAUGAGCACGCUGGUUGACACCGUCGGGACAUCGGGCGGCGAGGGCCUGGAGGCGGUGCGGCUUCACGCGAAUGAGUGGGUCAUGACGAGGAUGGCCGAGCGCAGAAUCAUACCAGCGGUCAUCUCGGCGACUUCUUGUUCUGCCGCAGAGGUGUAUUCCAUGCCUAGGAAGGCCUUCUUCAAGGGCAGGCCAGUGACAGAGAGCGACAAUUAUGUGCUGAUUGUGGGCAGUUCCAGCGAGAGGAGACUGGCCGGACAGCUCAUCGACAUCAUCGCGAACGGCUUAGCGAAGAAGGUCGUCUCCGAGAUUCCCCCCUCCAUCGCUGGCGAUUGCAGGAAAGUCAAGAUCCCUCAGGACAUCGUUGGUCAAGUGAUUGGCAAGUUCGGUGCAAGUCUUUCACAUCUCAUGGAGAGCACAAAGACCGUCAUCAUCCUCCUCGAGUCAAAGUCUGACCAGGAGAAAGAGAAGGUCAGCAUGAAUGACAUGGAGGACCUCCUGGAGGCUAUGUUCGACCAGGUUCGCGAGGGCAGGACUACAGAACUUGCUAUUUUCGGCGCGCCACGACAGAGACUGGUUGCGGAGGCGAGACUAGCAGCGAUCAUUGAGAGUAAGUUCCCAGGGUACCACCCUGAGCCGCAGUGGGAUUGGGAGCUCGGGAUGGCUGUGGAAAGCGGCGGUGAAGAUGGGCUUGCGACGGACAGAGUUUGGCUGCACGGCGAUCUGGAAGAUCGGGCCGAGUCCAGGGAAAACGCAGACAUCCUCGCAGCCGCGUCAGGCUCCUCGGUGGACUCGUACCGAAGGAUGGUUUCUCUGGUUGGCACCGGCGAGGAGCGCCGCCGUGCGCAGGAGUACGCCCGCUGGAUGGACGGGCAUCAGCGGGGCAAGCACCCCCACGUGCUCGACCUCGAGAGGCGAAUGGACCUCGCCUCCGUGAGCGUGCCGCAGGAGGCGGUGCGCGACAGGGGCCUCAAGGCUGCGCUCAAGGACUUCGCGCGAGAAUCGCGGGUGGUAGCCUUCUUCGACGCCUCCCAGGAAGGCGACCGACGGCGGCUGGUGCUCGCGGGGGCAGAGAUUGCUGGGCGCGGCAGGCUCGUGACACAGCUCCUGAAGGCCGCGGAGGAGCUCGUCGCCGGGAGGCAGCCCGUAGGGCUGGAGGUCACCGCUGCACCGGCGGAGGCGGAGGGCCCGCGGCAGGAGGCGCAGGACUCGAGCGAGGGCCCCGGCCAGGGGAAGGGCAAGGGCAAGGGCAAGCUCAAGGGCAAGCUCCAGGGCAAGAGGGGCAAGGGGAAGAGUGGCCCAGAGGUCGACGAGGAGCUGCCAUCGAACGUGCCGCCCCCCGCCACGCCGGCUGGGCCUGGCGUGGGCGUGCGCCCGCCCAUGACGCCCGCGGCGCCCGGGCGAGGCGUGCCCCCACCGGCAACGCCCGCUGCGCCAGGUGUGGCCCCGCCGGCGACACCGGGCGGCUUCGGACCGCACGGCAACGCCAUGCCGAGCACGCCGGGCGUCAUCGGCGGGGGCGUCGUGGCACCGCCAGCGACACCAGGCGGCUUCGGCCCGCACGGCAACGCCAUGCCGAUGACGCCAGGCGUAGUCGGCGGAGGCGUCGUGGCGCCGCCGGCGACGCCAGGCGGUUUCGGCCCCAACGGCGGCGCCAUGCCGAUGACACCAGCCACCGUCGGCGGAGGCGUCGUGGCGCCGCCGGCGACGCCAGGCGGUUUCGGCUCCAACGGCGGCGCCAUGCCGAUGACACCAGCCAUCGUCGGCGGGGGCGUCGUAGCGCCACCGGCAACGCCAGGCGGCUUCGGUGGAGGGGUGCCGCCACCGUCGACGCCAGCCUUCGGGCGAGGCGUGCCGCCGCCCGCUACGCCGGCAGCGCCCCGCAGAGGCGUACCUCCACCAGCGACGCCAGCCGUGGGCGUAGCUCCGCCUGCCACGCCAGGUCCAGACCGGAAGAGGAGCAUACCAGCCCCCGAGACGCCUGGGCUGUGCGGCACCCCGCCGCCGGCGAGCGCCCAGGUGGCGCAAGACGCGGAGAAGAGGAGGCGGGUGCUGGCCGCGCCGGCCACGCCGGCGUUUCUCGGGGUCACGGCUGCCACGCGGCAGGCGCCAGCGACGCCCGCCAACCUCGGCGCCAGCGUCGCACAGCAGGCGCGACCUGCAGCCGCGCCGCCGGCCUCUGCGCGGCCGCCGCCCAGCGCCAGAGUGGCAUCUGGGCCCCGCCUGCUCUCCUUCAGCGACGUGGCCGCGACGCAGGCUCCCAGCGACAGCGACGUUCUGCCGCCUGGCUGGGAAGUCAAGAGGUCCACGUCGAACGGGAAGGUGUACUACUGGCACAAGAAGCGUAGGUUGUCUCAGUAUGAGCGGCCUACUGAUUGAACGUAUAUCUUUUCGGUCCAGCGCACUUGCUGGUUCGACGAAUGCCGCCAGCUAAGCUUUCCCAGUCGUCGGGAAUUGCCUAGCAUCCCGGUCACGAGCCACCUUUCCAGGUUCUCCUUCUCGUUGAAUUCUAUCGCGCAGUAUUGCAGGCAGUUGCAGACAGCAGACUAGACGAAUUGCGUGCGGAAAAACAAGUCGGCCACGCGAAGGCCAAAGAUGGGUCCAAGGGAGCCCUAAGACCUGCUCACCGCAGCCGAGGACAGCCCAAAGACAGCCAAAAUAUGGCCCUCUUCGCCG